GGUUCGGCUUGGCUGUUUCUGGCUCUUUCUGUUACUUUUCAAAUUCUUCUAUCGACGCUUGCAGCCCCAAUAGAUUGCCAAAAGAACAAUGUAGUCUGCUUGGAAGAAAUAAUGAAGGAACUCACUCAAGUUCGAUUUGAGAUGAACAUUCUCACAGAGAACAGAACACCAAUGAAAUGUAAGCAAGAUAUUCUUCGCUCACUUGUAUUCAGAUAAUUCCAUCUUUUCUUUGUUAUUACAUUGUGCAGCGUGGCACAUUUCAUCACAGGAUUCUUAUUGUGCAGGAUGGCGAUGACAAUUUAUGUUUAAGAGGUCAAUCUUGCGGUUCUAGAAGGCAAUCAUUUCGCAGCGGAACUCUUAUGUUAUGCAAUCUUCUGUUCAAGCUGCGGUGUAGCAUGAUAUUAAGAAGCAAAGAGCGUAUUAUUUAUAUGUUUACUUUCGUGUUUGGAACUUUGUAUGGGCGGUAGACUAUUUUUAGCAAGCACAACAAAGGUCGAAUAGAGGAAAUGUUACACAAUGAAAUGGGACACAAUUUUUAAAAUUAUGUUUACACGUAUUACCUUUUUUUUUUUUUUUUUUUUUUUUUUUUAACGGAAGCAAAAAACUGUGCCGAGCUGUACAAAUCCGGCCGAAGGAUUAGCGGUGUUUACCCGAUCGACCCAGAUGGUUCAGGCGCCUUCAAUGUAUAUUGUGACCAAACUACAGCCGGUGGAGGAUGGACAGUGAUCCAGAAGAGGAUGGAUGGCUCUGUUGAUUUUAACCGCACCUGGGAUGACUACAAAGAUGGUUUCGGUAACUUGGUCGGUGAAUUUUGGCUCGGACUGAACAAGAUAAACCGCCUGACACGAAACAAGACAAACAACAUGCUUCGAGUAGAUCUGGGAGUAACCACUGACAAAACUAUUCACGCUGAGUAUGGCUGGUUUGGGAUUGGGACCGAGACAUCUAAAUACCGGUUGUACAUUGGCAAUAUUACAAGUUAGUCAACCUUUUUUAUCAGCCAUCGUUGGUCUUAACAUAGUUUUUCCAUCUCAUCAUCUAGGGGCUCCCACGUAACCUGCAAAAAAAUGGUUUGUUCCUACCUAUUGCCGUUUGGCUAUGUUUGCUGUUAAUUCUACUCAUACAUAAUUGGGUCCUCGCUCCUUUGUGGAUAGUUUGCUUCCGUAACCGUUAGAGAUAAAACAGUAACUGAACUUUGCUUUAGAAAAAAUGUCAAAUCUGAUCAUUUACCCGACUGCGAUCUAUCCAAAAAGUUUGAUAUUUUUCCCUACCUUGAUCGAUAAAAGUUAAUCAAUUGGUCCUUCCGUAAGCGAUUAAAAUUAUUGUUUAUGAUAUCUAAUGCUAAGAUUAAUUUAUUUCAUCGAAACGGUAUAGGGCUAUUGUCUAAACCUAGUUUACAUCUGUUUGAUUGUUUAUUUUUUUACGACAAAAAUCAAGCCUGAGGCUUCACAGGCGUUAUCUUGAUCCUAAUAUAGUGGGAAUUCCUUUUUUUUUUUUUCCUGUUUUGAACAGAUGCGACUGUUUCUUACGAUUCACUCGGUCCUCACAGAGAUCUCGUUUUUGGUACCUGGGAUAGAGAUCCUGCCAAUUGUACUCAAAAUAGAGGCGGAGGCUGGUGGUAUGGCAACAAUAGUGAUUGUGCUGUUUGGUCAAAUCUCAACGGUAUUUAUCGGCGUUGUCGAAAUGAAACCUGGGCCGAUAUCCAGUGGGCAAAAUUAGUUCCUACCAGUGCCAAGGGCAGCGCUCCUUCUUCAACUGGAAUGAAAAUUAGACCAGUGGACUUUUUUUGA